AUGUCCGCAACGACGACGGCGACCUCCACCUUAGGGGGUUGCGGAAGGAGGAGGGUCGCAGUGAGGCUGGCCUUCCUCUCCGCGGUUGUCCUCACGGUGGUCGUGGCGCUAGCCGUGGUGGAGGUCGGGGUUAGCCUCCGCUGGAGCGGCAGCAGCAGCGGCGCCGGCGCCGGCGCCGGCGGUGGGUCGCUCGCUUUUCUCGCCGACAACGAUGUCGGCGGCGGGGACGGCGGCGAGGACGCCGCCACCACCGCUGUCGGAGGGGCGGAGAGCGAGGAUGCUUCCCCCGGUGGGGGGGGCGUGGGGGCCAAGCGGGCGUAUGCGGUGGCGUUUCCGGAUGUUCGCGACCCCCUCGUGCUCGAACGGGCUCGGGCGCUUCGGAACUCCCUAGGGGCGUUGAAGAAUGAUGACGAAGAGAUCGUUGCGAUCGUGCCGCGGUACUCCGGAAAGCAGCUCGUCUCCCCCCUGACAGAUGCCGGAUACAGAGUUCUCCCGCGAGACACGCCUGCUCCCCCUUGGCGAACGAGCGGGAGAUUCGUGCAGCAGGCCAUGGCGGCGACCGGGGCGGGGUGGGGGAGCGAAGGUGCCAAUGACGGCGGUAGUGGUGGUGGUGGUGGGCACGGCUGGAACCUGUUAGCGCUGGAGGCGCUGUCACUAACGGAGUACGAAGAGAUUGUCGUCCUGGACCAAAAGAUGGUUAUUUUCCAGUCUGCGGAGCACCUGCCGCGGAGAGCUUUAAUAGGCAGCGAUGGCGGCGGCAGCAGCAUUCCGCGCGAGGCGCAAGUUCCGGGAGGACAAGCGCCUGGGCGAGAGGGCGGGAAGGGCGAAGAGCACUGGUGGCAGGGCCGCUGGAGGUUUCUUAGCGGUGACGGCAGCGGCGGCGGGGAACUAGGGGGCUCCGAGUCUGCCACAGCGGAUAAGCUGCCGCGGUUGUUGCCGGAGGGGGACGGCUGGACGAUUGGGUUUGCGGCGGGGGACAAGUCGACUUUCGCAUCGGGGCCAGGAGUGAACAGCUUGUCACCGGCCCAUCGCGACCUCUUUUUCGGGCAGCACGCGGCCCUCAUGACCGUGCGCCCGAACGCCGAGCUCUACGAUGAGAUUUCGCACCUCCUCUGCAAGCGCCGUCGACUCGGCCAACGAGACACCGAGCCUGCCGGAGACCGCGGCGAAAGCUCCGUCCCGGGGGCGGCAGCGAGGAGCUUCGCCACGGCCUCCCUCGAGAGGAAUACGUUGGAUAGGAGCGGUAGCCGCUCCGAUGACGCGGGAAGGGUGACCGAUUUCGAUAUUCGGGGGGACGGGGGACGCCGAGGUGGCCGGGAUAAGACCGAGGAGGGUAGUUUUGCCCCUGCCAUGGCUGACGCAACUACUGCUGUCGAGGUGCCUGGUGAUCGGGGCAGGGAGGAGCGCUCUCUAGCUGGCACCGGGAGAUUGCGCAGUUCGCCUAAGGACGGGGCGAUGUCGAGAGAACUGGGAGGGGCGCGCGGCAUCGGCAGGAGAAGACUGGGUGGGAGUGACGGCGGCAGUAGCGGCGAUGGUGGCGAGGACGGAGAUUCAGCCGAAAGGCGAGGAGGGGAGGAAGGGACAGGGGAAAAGGUUAAUGAAGACGGGGGCGAGGAGGGGGAGAUGGAGGAGGAGCGUCAGAAGCAAGAGGGAGAGGAAGAGGUUAAAAUGGGCGAUAGUAAUAGGGUAGGUGACGCAGUAAGGCUGGCGUGGAUCCCGGCGGACCCCUGUUCGUGCACGGAUGCCCCCGGCGCGGUCGGGGAGGCCUGCCGCGGCUGGCUGAUCUCGAGGGCUGCUGGCCCUCCUUCUCGGCAUUCUCGCGGCGACGGUGAAGCGCAAGCACCAUCAGAGUCCGCGGGAACGCCCCCCGGGCCCGAUGGCCUAUCCUUAGCGUUGUCCGUCUGCAAGGACAGAGCAUUUGAGUCUCCGUUGCGGCUUCCUGCGGUACCGGAGGAGGAAGCCGCUCGUACCGCGGCCGCCGCGGGUGCUUCCUACUCCGCACGGCGUUCGCCCGGCGAAGGGGGGGGCGCGGAUGAGGGUCUGCUAUCUGCGUUGCCCCCGCCGCCGCCGCCGCCGUUGUGGCAGGAGGUGAAGCCUAAGCAGAAGGCGGUGGUCACGCAGGAAGACCUGAACAGCUUCCAGCACUUUUGGCUCGCGAACGUGGAGCAUAAGGUGCUCAUGGUGGCCAUCCCGAAGGUGGCGUGCACCCAGGUCCACGCUCUGUUCCUCCGCCUACAGGGAUCCGAGAACUGGAACACUCAGCGCAUGGAAGAAAUCCAUUAUCACAAAGACAUGGACAAGUACAAGCUGAGCACGAUGCCGAACAUGCCCCCCGAGAGGGCCUCCGCGAUCCUUAACGACCCCACGUGGACGAAGGGGGUGUUCUUGAGGGACCCCACGGAGCGGCUGCUCUCCUGCUUCCUGGACAAGGUCGUGCACAGAAGGUCGUACAGCGUCAACGUCUUUAAAGCCGAAGAGGUGCUGUCGUUCGAGAAGUUUGUCGACCUCACCUCCAAGACCGCGAAAGCCAGGCUUCAGAAGGACUACCCCGGGGGCAACCUUGGCCUGACCAGACGAAGCAACCCGCAUUGGAGACCCCAGUUGUUCUUCGGGCUGGACAAGUUCCUCCCGUACUUCGAUUUCGUGGGAGACUUCAAGCACGUGCAGGAGCACUCGGAGGAGUUCCUGAAGCGGGCCGGGCUGUGGGAAAAGUUCGGCGCGUCCGGUUGGGGCCGUUGGGGGCAGGCGGCGUUCUUCCAGAGCUAUUGCUCCUCUGCUGCUUCAAGUAUGACGCUGCUUCAGAGCUGCUAUUUGGCCGAGGAGUAAGGAGUAGUGCAACUAUCACCGCAGCUGUCGUCGCAACGCUAGGGCUAGGUAGAAAUGGUCCACCGUCCGGGGCCACGCCACUGGGAGCCACGACUCCUUGGGGCAGUACUAUACGCCCGCACUAUUGGCCUCCGUGCGAGAGGCCUACGCCGACACGGACUACAAGCUGCUGGCCAGCCUCGGGUGGUGGAACGAGACCGAGAUUUCACCGCUCCCGCCAUAGCCAUACGCGAAACGCGUAUUUUGUAGGUUUUCUGUUGUUCAACAACGCUGCCGCUGAAAUCUGAUUGGCCUAACGUACUCAUGUUUCGCGUGUUAGACUAUUGACCACGCGUC